AGUUUUUUGCUGACUUUUGGUAAUAUUUUUCUUUCACAUUUCACAUUCGAAUCAUUCCAUAUUUCGAAUUUUUUCCUGGCUGCAAUGGCUUUGGCAAGUGGCAAGAUUUUUCUUCUCCCAGUUGUAUAUUCAUCAAUAUCAUACAAUUUUGAAUAUUGAGAAUACAAUUAUGUGUAGUAGUUGUUAUCCCUAAAUAAAAUUAUAUUCUUGUUGAACCUACGACUAUACCUACACAUUUCUUCAAAUUUCAAGAAGUACCUUCAUAAUCAUGCCCUAGACAGUUGAAACUGCGAAUUUAGGAACUAUUCUCAAUAAAUUAUCAUAAUUCUUAGGUGGUGGUGAUGAUAUAAUUCAAUAGUGUUAUGGUAAUGUGAACAUGUCUGUAUUUUUCCAAGGGUUUGUGAAUUUCACCAGGGAUUAUAUAGUGAACUACAUAGAUAUUGACUAUUCACUAUGGAUGACAUGGUUUUUGGCCCCAUUGCUGAUAAGUUUCCUUCUUCCUGUGGUCAUAGCACUUUUUCUAUACUUCAGUGCCUUUGUCUUGUACAUUUACAAACUACACUGGACCAAUAUCAGGAAAACUCUGCAAACUGGAGACAUGUGGGAUACUGUAAGAAAAUUUGUAUGUGCCCUUUGGGAUGCUCAUGGUUGGAUAUGGCAUGGUUAUGAGGUGAGGGGCUUGGAAAAUGUCCCAGAUACUGGUUCAGCAUUAAUUAUUUAUUAUCAUGGAGCAAUUCCCAUAGAUCUCUAUUACUUCUUGGCAAAGUCUAUUUGUGUGAAGAACAGGCUAAUACAUACUGUGGCUGAUCACUUCUUAUUCAAGGUACCAGGGUUCAGUAUCAUAGCAGAAUGCAUGAAUGUUAUACCAGGGACAAUUCAAACAUGUUCAAAUAUACUGAAAGAGGGAAAUGUAUUGGCUAUUUCUCCUGGAGGUGUCUAUGAAGCACAGUUUGGACACACUUAUAAUCUUUUAUGGAAAAGAAGGUUGGGUUUUGCCAAAGUAGCUUUAGAAGCUAAAGUGCCAAUCAUCCCAAUGUUCACUCAAAAUUUGAGAGAGGCAUUCAGAACAGUUAGUAUAGGAAAGCGAUUUUUCCUUAAAAUGUAUGCCAUGUUCAAAAUGCCUCUAGCACCUGUAUAUGGAGGUUUCCCUGUUAAAAUGGUGACACAUUUGGGAAAGCCCAUUCCCUAUGAUGGGAAUCUGACUCCAGAACAGCUACAGGCCAAGGUGGCAGCAGCAAUUGAAGAUCUCAUCCAGAAAAAUCAGCGAUUGCCUGGCAAUAUUUUAUUUGCUCUUUUUGAGCGAAUACCUUUUUUUAGAAAAAAAACGGCAUGAGUAGUCUGCUGAUUUUGUAAAUGAUUUAAUUAUUAGUGAAAUUCAACCAGUACUUAUUAUAUGUUACCUUGAUGAUGUAUUCAAAUAAUAAGCUUUAUACCUAGUCAAUGGCUUAAUGUUGACAUUCCUAAAGAAAAGAUUUGUGGUGGUGGAAAUAUUUCUAUGUUUUUCAAAUUAGGACAUAACAUCAGAAAUUAUUUAUUUUUAAUUUUUUAAGUCACAGUAUACUUAUUGAAUUUGGAUACUUUAGUAUUAUUUUUAAAAUAUUUCUCACAUUAGUCAGAAUGAUGAUGUAAAUACAUAUAUAUUG